CUCCACCGUCCCUCUGACUUUCGAUUAGUGUAAGGGUUCAAACAGCCAUGGCCUCCUUCUCUACAACUGUUUCCUCCAGCAGACGCAAGAGCCGCAAGGCCCACUUCUCUGCCCCCUCCAGCGCCAGACGCGUCAUCAUGAGCGCUGGUCUGUCCAAGGAGCUCCGUGAGAAGUACCGUGUCCGCUCCCUCCCCGUCCGCCAGGAUGACGAGGUCCAGAUUGUCCGCGGUACCCACAAGGGCCGUGAGGGCAAGGUCACUGCCGUCUACCGCAGAAAGUGGGUCAUCUACAUCGAGAAGAUCAACAAGGAGAAGGUCAAUGGCCAAUCCGUUCCCAUCCCCAUUAGCCCCUCCAACGUUGUCAUCACCAAGCCCAGAAUGGACAAGGAUCGCAAGAACCUUAUCGAGCGCAAGGCUGCCCCCAGAAAGGCUUAAGGUUCGUCCGCCGGAUCCAUCCCUCGAUGGCCUUUGCCUGUCAAGCCGAUCUGAGCCGCUUUGCCUGUCCCUCAGAGCAUAGCACGAGUCUUUCAACGAUGCUGACGCAACGGAUACCGCUCUCCUCUUGGUGCUGCUCCGACCUGAUCCUCUCCACGAAUGACUCGAUUGCAAACUUCAGCUGUCUGAUGUAACGGCUAAUAAAGGAACGGAUUACAUUGUCUUUGAGAGAAAGCGAGCUCCACACCAGACCAGACCAAACCAGACCCAGACCCCCGGGCGGAUGAGGCAAACUGGGGC